CUUCGAAACCAGGCAACUUUUGUCAACAAACUGAUAUGAUUGGAAAUUUUUCUCUCAAUAUUUCGAUGAUCUCUUAAAAACUACAAAAGCUUAACGGUUAAUAUACAUUGGAGSUGGAAAUGUUUCAGUAGCGCGAAUUUCGCCGGUAUUGUUGGACUAAUUUUGCAUAAUAAGUUAAUCCGUUACUAUGAAAAGUGCUUUGGAUUUCUUGCUGUUGUGAAGUGAAAGAUGAGUUCUCCUAUUUCUAGCUUGAAGAAAGGGAAAAGAAAUCCACUAAAUCCAAGACAACCUCGUGCGCCCUUUAGGUAUGAUGCAGGACUUGAUGAGCCAACAUCAGAAGAAAUGCUGGAUGAUAUCCCAAGUGACUUCUUGCGGCGUGACAUCAUUUCAAAGUUACCAAAAAGCUCUCACAAAGGGACAUCGUCAGUCCCAAAUGACCAUGAUUUGUUAACAAGCAUGGCAGGUAGACUCAGUCAAACUGAAGCAGAGCUCAGAGUUACCAAGAAAGAACUUAUAGAUAAGGACAGAAACAUUAAGAUACUACAAGAGAAGGUUCAGCUUCUUGAAAAGGCCAGAGGUUAUAAUUCAGACACCAUUGGGGAUUUAGAACAGAAGUGUCACUCUCUCCAAACYCAAGUUCAUGAGAUGGAGGAAUUCCUGGCUGAUUAUGGACUAGUGUGGGUUGGUAACCAGUACAUAGAGAAUGAAUAUCAGCCUCUUGAUGAUGACGAGGGACCCGUUAGUGAUCAGGACAUCGUCAGUAAAAGUGGAAUGUGGAACCCAGUUGCAUCCGUCCCACAAGACACCUUACAAAUCAACUUUGAUCUUCUCAUCAAGAACAUCAAGGAACUUAACAUACUGUCAGGGGAGGGGUGUGCAGUUGUUUCCAAGACCAAGGAUGGUGCAAGACUAAAAGUUCCAGAUCCAGUUCCUUUGACACUGUUUUCAAAUGGUAUAUUCAUGUUUGGUGGGCCAUUUCGACCAUAUACUGACCCAACAACUCAGCAAUGUAUUCAAGAUAUUAUGGAUGGUUAUUUCCCUUCAGAACUACAGUCCAGGUUCCCUGAUGGUGUGCCCUUUGAUGUCUCUGAUAAAAGAGAGAUAGCAUAUCAAGAUAGAAGAACAGAAAUCCUCUUUCCUGGUGAAGGACAGAGUUUAUUGAAAGACUCACCAGAUGACAGAGAAACUGGGAAAGUCACCAGUGAAGUUCCAGGACCUAAGAGCUCAGUUGAGAAUUUUCUGUCAAGACUUCCACAAUCUGUGGUUAAGGCUGGCAAGAUUAUUGAUGUACGAUCUGGUAUAGAGCAAACAAUUAAGGGAAGUGAUGGACAGCCUUCAAGCGUAGUUGUAGUGAACACUCCUGCUCUGAAUGACAUCAAAACAAGGGCUGAGGAGAAUGAUAAGAGUAAAGAAAGACCAAAAACAGGAACAACUAAAGUAACGACCCUAAGAAUCAAAUCUGAGACAGGAGAAAAGACAUAUUUAGUAAAGAUGAGCUUUACUGAUACUAUUGCUGAUUUAAGAGAACAUCUAAAUGCUGUCAGGCCAAAAGGUGCUCCUGAUUACAAUAUCAAGUCCUCAUUUCCUAAUAAGGUGUACAGUGAUCUUAGUGCUACGUUGGUAGAGUGUGGGCUGGUACCCAAUGCUACUUUGCACUUGUUAAUCAAGAAGGCAUAGGUCAGGGAUUCUUAUGUAGUAUAUAGUUUAGAGACUGUUUAAAUUAUGUGCAUAUAAUCUCGGAGUUCCUGUGGAAAAUGCAACCAUUCUUGAGUGGGAGAAUCUACGUAGCACUCAGUUGAUGUAAUAUAUUCAUAAAGAUAUAAUACAAAACAAAACACAUAAUACAAUAGAACGAGAAACAAUGGAAUACAAUACAUUUUAUGAAUACAUUACAUCAACUGCGUGCUACGUAGGUCACCCCAUUCUUUGAGUAGCGCAUGGCCAGAAAUCUCUCGAGAGUAAAAAAGAAUAAAGCUUUUAUGUUGGGUGAAUGAGCAAGAGAGACUGAUGAGGAAUCCUUGAAAUUUCAUCCAACAUGGCGGAUAUUACACAUCUUGUACAACAAGUUGUCAUAAUGUAUCAUGGCAAUCUAAACUUUUUAAUUUUUUUGCAUUUAAACUAUUUUGUACAUGUUCAUUGUAAACCGUUGCAGCGAAAAGAUAAUAUUGAUGAUAAUAAUUUCGUAUUAACAUCAUUAAAUAACAUAACAAAG